AUGCCUCCAAAGAGAAAAAGAGAUGGGGGAAUGGUUUCUCCAGCCCGGGGCAGAGGACAAAAAAAGUCUCGCCACAACACUAGGCAGCAAAAGCCUGGAACUAAAGAAGUGAGAGAUAACCAACCCCCCUUCCAGCACCAGGAAUCUUCAGAGAGCGUGCCAGGGAGUGAGGCUGCACCAGAUUUGGGGGAGUUUGUGCCUGCCAACUUUGGCAAUAUUGUGGGGCAAAUUCCGACGACUAGCACCAACAGCAGAUCCAUGGCCAGCACCACUUCCCAAGAACAUUUGGGAAAUUUAAAAAGUGAGGCAAACAGGCUUAUCCAGGGUUCCCUCUCAGUCAACACAUACAAAGCUUAUCAAGGGGCUUUUACCAGUUUCAAAAAAUUCUUGAGUAACUGUGGGAUUGCAAUGGUUUUUCCUAUUCCCAUUGACCACUUGCUUAAUUUUAUUGCUCAUUUGUCCAUUUCAGGUACAGCUUAUAGAACAGCUGCAUUAUACAUUAGUGCCCUAUCAUAUUUUCACAAAUUAAGAGGCAUACAGGAUAAUACUCAAUCAUUCAUCGUCAAAAAAGCCUUGCAGGGUCUGCACAAAAAGCGAGGUAACCCUGUAGAUCCACGAAUCCCAUUAACCAUAUCUAUUUUGCAACGUGUAGUAUCAGCAUUGCCAUCAGUCUGUAGAUCACCAUAUGAGGCAGCAUUAUUUUCCACAAUUUUUUCAAUUGCAUAUCACGGCUUGCUUAGGGUUAGUGAAGUCUUGUCUAUCCAUAGGGCACACAUUUCCCUUACUAAGAACAAUGUCAGCAUUCUAAUUCCAAGGUCUAAAACUGACCAAAUUGGAAAUACAACUACGUUGCAGAUUUCCAAACAUGCCAAUUCUGAUACUUGUCCAGUGCAAUGGGUACUCAAGUUUUUACGGUUGCGCCCUAACAGUGACUCCACCUUAUUUUUCAUCCAUAUGGAUUACAAACAUGUAACAAGAUACCAGUUUAAUUGCAUGCUACAGAAAACACUUAAAUUUAAUGACAUUCAGGGACAUUUUAGGCCACAUAGCUUCAGAAUUGGGAGAGCCACAGAUAUGGCAAAACAAGGGGUUUCAGAUUCAGAAAUUAAAUCUUUGGGAAGGUGGGAGUCAAAUGCUUUUCAAAACUACAUAAGAUUAUAAUGUAAUGGUUUGUUGAAUGGAAUACAGGCUAAUUUGCCAAAAGUAUUCCAGGUUUCAAGACAGUUUGGAUAGUAGGAUCGUCUAUACCUUUUUGGGCUGGUGAAGAGGCACGGAGGAGACCGGGCGGAAAGAACCUCAAUCUAGGGGUUGACAUCUUUUGGAAGGGGAUAAGAGGGCUAAAAUGGCAAGACCUCGACAAACUGAUAACAGAAGAACGCAAACAUCAACCACAACCAGAUGUAUUGGUUAUUCAUGCUGGGUCAAACGAUCUAACAACAGCUGGCAAUACUGCACUUAGAUUUGCACAUGAAAUUCAAUGUAGCUUGUAUCGCUACAAUGCAUUGCUACCAAAAACUUUGCUCAUUUGGUCAACAAUGCUUCCCCGUCUUUACUGGCAUGGUGCACCUCUAGGUAAGGGUGGCGCUAAGAUCGAUCUAAAAAGACGCAAGGUUAAUAAGGCUAUUAAGAAAUUUGUUACCUCUCAAGUUAACGGAGCUUGCAUUGUUCAUGACAGAAAUAUAAACGUCCAUCAAACCAGUUUAUUUAGGUAUGACGGAACUCAUCUAGCCGAAAGUGGAAAUCAAGCUUACUUAAAUAACAUACAGGGUGGUUUGGAAUUUAUUUUGGGGGGAAAGGGCAAAAUCUUCCCUACGCAAUAGUUUGCAGAAUCUUGUCACUUGUGGUUGGUUCCUAUAACCUGUCAUUCAUUUAGGAGAUAGAUACUCUCUAGAGCAAUUGGUGGGGAACAUCAUAUCGAUGUUUGUGGCGGGGUCAAGGGAGACAUCAUCCCUGUACAAGCUUAACCUGUUGUCUCUGCCCAUCUGCAUCAAAGCAUGAGGGAUGUCUCAUGGCUGUGUGUUAACAUGGAAGUUAAAUGCCAUUGAGCAAAUGUGUGGAAUAACUGGAAACUGCUUGGGGUCUGCAGCAUUUCAGUGCUCAGACCCCCUCUACCUCUAUAAAAGGAGGAGAGGCUACAGGCUGGGUGGUGUGAAAGUUCUAAACCAGGUAGCAAGCCAGAGACAGGGUGUAAAAGCUGUGCAGCUUGUGUGCCUAGCCACCAUGCGUGUUAGGCAUGGGGUUUCCUUGGCACUCGCAUCAAAGCGAGGCCACUAGUUUGCCCAUUGGUUUAUGGUAUCCUAGUUGUCUCCCUUGACUCCUACUAAUUUUUGCGGCCAGUAUCAUCCAACACUGGUGUAUUGUGUUUUUAUGAUGUCAUUGCUCAAUAAAUUCAUGUAAAGUACCAAUUGGUGUUUAUUUUUCAUUCUCACUAGUGGCUGAAAGAUAAUUCAAUAAUAUUGUGAAAAGGCAGACAAAGCAAACUAUCUUGGCUGCAAUCUUCAAUUAAUAUAGAUUAUUGAGAUGGAUAUGAGAUAAUCUCAUUUAAUUGAGUGAAUAGCAUUAUACAAUAGGACUUAACUUGGUACAAGCUAACUUAUUUUAAGAAAGUCAGCAUCAGGAGGAGUUAACUAGUAUUGCAACUUCCUCUUCCUUUUUGCACCCCACUCAAGUGGAAGGAACAACAGCACGUUACCCACCCACCCUCCCCAUAUUUUGAAAAAGUUAAGUAAACCAUCAAUUUGUUUUACUUUGGUCAAAUAAUCUGCGCCAAGUAUGUUAUAUUUUUAGGUAAAUCGCAGGGCGUGGAUUCAGUUAAGCUGAGCCUGUUUUUGUACUUGCAUAGGACUGCUCAUAUGACGAUAGUUGCACCUUGCUAAUUGCCAACCAGUCAACGAAAGAGGACUAUUGAAUAAAUAUCCAGAUAAUUUUUCUUUUCUUACAUUUGUCGCAAUUUUAAGGGGGAGGAGUCAGGGAAACAUUAAGGCCAAUAAGUGUACAAGCUUAACCUGUUGUCUCUGCCCAUCUGCAUCAAAGCAUGAGGGAUGUCUCAUGGCUGUGUGUUAACAUGGAAGUUAAAUGCCAUUGAGCAAAUGUGUGGAAUAACUGGAAACUGCUUGGGGUCUGCAGCAUUUCAGUGCUCAGACCCCCUCUACCUCUAUAAAAGGAGGAGAGGCUACAGGCUGGGUGGUGUGAAAGUUCUAAACCAGGUAGCAAGCCAGAGACAGGGUGUAAAAGCUGUGCAGCUUGUGUGCCUAGCCACCAUGCGUGUUAGGCAUGGGGUUUCCUUGGCACUCGCAUCAAAGCGAGGCCACUAGUUUGCCCAUUGGUUUAUGGUAUCCUAGUUGUCUCCCUUGACUCCUACUAAUUUUUGCGGCCAGUAUCAUCCAACACUGGUGUAUUGUGUUUUUAUGAUGUCAUUGCUCAAUAAAUUCAUGUAAAGUACCAA